CACACUUCGGCUCCCCACUUCCAGCACUCACCCAGCCAGAGGGCCCCUCUUCCCUGAACAUGUGGGAGGAAAUGCCAUUUUCCAGCCGCAGGAGGGGCAGCGGCCGAAGGAAGGUCAUCUGGGCUCUCUGCUUCCUGCUGCUUCUCCUCGAAGCCGGCUCUGCCAAGAAUCUCUGGAAACGGGCAUUGCACACGAGGCUGGCCGAGAAGUCCCGCGCCGAGGAGGCGACCGACCCCCGGCAGCCCCGCGCCGACCGCUGCCCGCCGCCACCGAGCUCGCUGCCCCCCGGCGCCUGCCAGGCGGCGCGCUGCCAGGCCGACUCCGAGUGCCCGCGGCACCGGCGCUGCUGCUACAACGGCUGUGCCUACGCCUGCCUGGAGGCCGUGCCGCCCCCGCCAGUUUUAGACUGGCUAGUGCAGCCGAAACCUCGAUGGCUUGGCGGCAACGGCUGGCUUCUGGAUGGCCCUGAGGAGGUGUUGCAAGCCGAGGCCUGCAGCACCACAGAGGAUGGGGCGGAACCCCUCCUCUGCCCCUCGGGCUACGAGUGCCACAUCCUGAGCCCUGGGGAUGCGGCCGAGGGCAUCCCCAACCGCGGGCAGUGUGUCAAGCAGCGCCGGCAGGCAGAUGGGCAGUUCCUCCGACACAAAUUUUACAAAGAAUACCCAGAGGGAGAUUCUAAGAAUGUGGCGGAGCCUGGGAAAGGACCCCAGAGGCACUUUUCCUAAGGCAGCGGUGCCGCCAGUUUCGAGAACGUUCCUCCAUUCUUCUGCUAAGGCUUGGAAACAGUUGGAUAAAACAUGAUUUGACCCCCGGAGGUUACGCCCAGCUUGACAGAGCGUGACCCCCAAAAUGCUUAAGGGUACAGACAGCUGGCUUUCAAGGCCCUCAUGACCCGCCUGGCUGGGGGACUUGAUGGGAGCCCCUUCCCAGCCCUGGGUCCGUCUUGUCAUCCUGAAGAUGCGGCACACCUAGCAGUCCCGUUCGACCUGACCCCACCGCAGGAAGAGGUCACUGCCCUCGUGAGCUGUACGGAGCUCCUUUGUCAGAGGGUUCAUCAUCCCUGUUACUACACGUUUCUUCCAGAUUUGUCUCUGGGAGGCGCGCACCUAUCCCGUCUGUGCUCAGGAUAAAUUGCUCCUUAU